AUGGUUCAAACGUUUGGGGACGAGGUUGCACAACAGCGUGAUGAGGUAGAUUCUGAAGUACUUGCCAAACCAGCCGCAACCACAACCACAGCUCAAGUUACCACCACAGUCAAAGCCCAAAAGUCCAAAAAUGAUACACAGCAACAACCCACGAAAAGCAAAAAGUCGCUUUCAAAGCCAAAAAAGGCGAAUUCUAAAUCCAAGAAGGCCGGUCUAAAAGUCAAAGCAAACGCUUCACGGACACCGAAAGCUAAAUCUAAACGCGCUCCCAAAAAGAGUAAGGGCACAACAGGCGAUGGGGACGAUAUAGUGCUACUCACAGAGAGCGACCUAUUUCCGAUACUAGAGUCGACAUCAGGUACAGACACGUUGACUUAUCCGUUGUUUAAGUUUUGA